UGGCUUGGUGUCUUGGCUUCCUCCAGCUUCUCUGUGUGGUAUAUGUAGCUUCAGUACCAUGCCUACGCUCCGGUCGUUAUACAGGGCUAAGCAUGGAGAAGACAGCAGGGGUAGCCCCAGGGACGAAAUGAGUCUACCUUCUCCCUUCUGGAUCUGUUUUUCCUUGUGGUAGUGAACAACAGGCCAUUUGAUUUAUGAGACCAGAUGUUCUCCAGAUUCUAAAGCAAAGUUGAGAGUUGUGAGUGACAUGGGGAUGGCUAGAAUGCCUCCCCUCCAUUCUUUUCCAUGGGAACUGAGUCUUAGGGUUGAGAAGUCUCACUAAACCUGGGCAAGUGACUGGGCCUGACCUAGAAGAACUCAGGCUUCCUCUUCCUGCCUUCCUACCUAGAGCCAUUCCCUCCUGAGACCGUGGAGAGAUGAGGGGGGUGCCUAGGAUUGGGAAUAUUUCCGGGGUCCAGAAGUUCAGACGAAGUAGGCAUCUCCCUUGAGGCUCCCUGAGUAGGUGGCUAGUUUCUUAGGGCAUACAUCAACACACACACCCUAACCUUGCCUGUAUCUGGAGUCGCCUGAGGGGUUUUAGAAACAGUACUGGGGACUAGAUGCAAUGGGCAGAGAUUGUGAUUUAACCGGCAUGCAAUGGGGCUGUUCUGUUUUAAAAGUUCAAUACUUGAAAGUUUGAGAACCAGACCAACCCUCCGUUUUCCUAUCUAAUCAGGAGUCAGGGGCACCUUCACCAAAUGCAGUCAGCUGCCUAGGGGUUCCUUAGGGAACCUGAGACAGUGUGGACGGCUGGGAAGGGACGAGCCUGAGCACUUUGAGGGCUGCUGUCCCCGGGAGGACAGGCCUUCAGGAGAGGUAUGAGGAAUGCAGCCUCAGGUUUUUGUCCUAGGAAUCCUACUCUGGCACCCUCCUCUCAAGUCCCAGACGGGACAGGAAGUGUCCGGAGGAGGUGGAAGUGAUUGGCAGUUGGAGGCUCCAAUGGGCCGAAAGCCCCCCCUGUUCACCUCUCUCGUUCUAUUGGCGCCGGGAGGAGCCGCCCCGACUGCAGGAGCCCAGCGGGGGAGGGAGUAGAGGCCGGGGCAGAGGGCGAGGGUGGAGGGCGCUGGCGGCGGCAGCCGCGGAAGAUGAGCAGCAGCUGCUCAGGGCUGAGCAGGGUCCUGGUGGCUGUGGCUGCAGCCCUGGUGUCUUCCUCCUCCCCCUGCCCCCAGGCCUGGGGUCCUCCAGGGGUCCAGUAUGGGCAGCCUGGCAGGUCCGUGAUGCUCUGUUGUCCUGGAGUGAAUGCUGGGACCCCAGUGUCCUGGUUUCGGGAUGGGGAGUCCAGGCUGCUUCAGGGACCUGACUCUGGACUAGGACACAGACUGGUCUUGGCCCACGUGGACAGCACUGACGAAGGCAUUUACAUCUGCCAGACCCUGGAUGGUGUAUCUGGGGGCAUGGUGACCCUGAAGCUGGGCUUUCCCCCAGCUCGUCCUGAGGUUUCCUGCCAGGCAGUAGACUAUGAAAACUUCUCCUGUACUUGGAGUCCUGGCCAGGUCAGCGGUUUGCCCACCCGAUAUCUUACUUCCUACAGGAAGAAGACCCUGCCAGGAGCUGAGAGUCAGAGGGAAAGUUCAUCCACAGGGCCUUGGCCAUGCCCACAGGACCCUCUAGAGGCUUUCCGAUGUGUGGUCCAUGGGGCAGAGUUCUGGAGUGAGUACCGGAUCAACGUGACUGAAGUGAACCCACUGGGUGCCAGCACGUGCCUUCUGGAUGUGAGGUUACAGAGCAUCUUGCGCCCUGACCCACCCCAGGGGCUGCGGGUGGAAUCAGUACCUGGUUACCCAAGACGCCUGCACGCCAGCUGGACAUACCCCGCCUCCUGGCGCCGCCAACCCCACUUCCUGCUCAAGUUUCGGUUACAAUACCGUCCAGCGCAGCAUCCAGCCUGGUCCACGGUCGAGCCCAUUGGCUUGGAGGAGAUGAUAACAGAUGCUGUGGCUGGGCUGCCCCAUGCGGUACGAGUCAGUGCCAGGGACUUCCUGGAUGCUGGGACCUGGAGUGCCUGGAGCCCAGAGGCCUGGGGUACUCCUAGCGCGGGUCCCCUACAGAAUGAGAUACCUGAUGGGAGCCAGGUACACAAGCAGCAGCAAGAGGCAACCCCUCAGGAGGACGGCCCCACCCCUCCAAGGCCUUCCUUGCAGUCAGACCCAAGGCCACUUGAUCACAAGGACCCCUUGGAGCAAGUGGCUGUGUUAGCAUCUUUGGGAAUCUUCUCUUUCCUUGGCCUUGCUGUUGGAGCCCUGGCUCUUGGGCUCUGGCUGAGGCUGAGACGGGGUGGGAAAGAAGGACCUCAAAAACCUGGGUUCUUGGAACCAAUGAUUCCAGUGGACAAGCUUCCAGGCAUCCCAAACCUACAGAGGACCCAGGAGAACUUCAGCUGACCCCACCUGUAACCCUGUCAGGCUGGGGUGCUUAAAUGGGCAGGCAGAAAGAGGCAGGCAGUGGAUCCCCAUGGAUGGAGGUCUCGGAAGUUUGAAGCCCUUUUCUUUGAGUCCCUAUGUUUCAAACGUACUGCCAGCUGAAUGCUGUCUGGACUUCUGAUGUCAUCCUUGAGGUGGAAGUCCGCUUGAGGAAUGUGUAUAGAUGUGCAUGUCUGUGUCCAUCUGUGACUGUGUGUAUGUGAGAUAAGGGACAUACAUUCUCUGUAUGUGUGUAUAUAGAUGCUUAGAGAGUGUGUGCAGACCUUAGCCUUGGCCCUUGUGGGGACUGCGAAGAGUUGAAAUAAAGAGACUGAAGAAAGUUUUUGGA